AUGGCCUCCGAGAAAGCUGAGAUUGACGCUUUGAAAAAGGAAUGCGACGGACUCCGGGCCAAGAUCGAGGCGGCGCGCAAGGCCGUGAACGACACCACCAUGUCGGCGGCGGCGGGCAGCGUGGCAUCGGUCGGUCGCGUUCAACUCAAGCAGAGGAAGACGCUCAAAGGUCAUUUGGCUAAAAUCUAUGCCAUGCACUGGGGAGCUGACUCCAGACAAAUGGUGAGCGCGUCGCAGGACGGCAAGCUUCUGGUGUGGGACACCUUCACAGGAAACAAGCUAGUGGCAGUCCCUCUGAAGUCGGCGUGGGUGAUGAGCGUGGCGUUUGCGCCAUCUGGUAACCUGGUGGCCAGCGGUGGUCUGGACAACAUGUGCACCGUGUACAACAUCAAGGCGGCCAGUCCCAAGACCCUCAGAGAACUGGAUGCGCACACAGGUUACCUGUCGUGCUGCCGUUUUCUGAGCGACUCGGAGAUCCUGACAGCGUCCGGCGACACCACUUGCUGCCUGUGGGACCUGGAGACGGGCAAGCAGAAGGUGGUCUUCACCAACCACAUCGGGGACUGCAUGUCUCUGGCCCUGUCCCCCGACAUGAACAUGUUCAUCUCGGGGGCCUGCGACUCUCUGGCCAAGCUGUGGGACAUCCGGGAAGGCUCCUGCAAGCAGACUUUCAUCGGCCACACCAGCGACAUCAACGCCAUCGCUUUCUUCCAAAGCGGCAACGCCAUCAUCACUGGCUCGGACGACUGCAGCUGCAAGAUGUACGACCUGCGCGCCGACCAGGAAGUCAUCGGCUACCAGGACAGCAGCCUGAACGCCGGCGUCACGUCCCUGGCGCUCUCCAACUCGGGCCGCCUCAUCUUCGCCGGCUACGACGACUUUAACUGCCACAUCUGGGAUUCGCUCAAGGGCGAGAGAGUCGGUGUCCUGUCAGGCCACGACAACCGCGUGAGCUGCACCGGCGUCCCCGAGGACGGAAUGGGCGUCUGCACGGGAUCGUGGGACAGCUUCCUCAAACUCUGGAACUGA